AUCUCAGCCCGUGCAGAUUGCUACAUAAGCACGCAAUAUAAGUGGCUGUUGUUGUUUAGGGCUGACAGGAAUCAGGACUUUAAAAUCGUCGUGAUUUCAGGAAUGCUGAUAGGUUUUUCUGAAAUUCACCAAAGACCAUCGACAUUUAUGUUCAAAAUAAAUUAAUUAAAAAAAAGAGGAAAGGAAUCAUGGCGGAAUUAAAACGAAUCACAAGCCUAGAAGACAGUCUUCCCGAGGAAGGGAAUGUGAACACGUUUUUUUAUCAGACUCAUAGUGUCACCGACGAAGGCCCGAAUGAAGCGGUAAGGGAAAAAGAACAAAAGGCUGAGGUGAGAAAGAUUGAACAUCGUGAUCUUCAAAACCUAGAAGACAGUGAAAAACGUAAAAGAAAAAUUAAGAUAAUAAAAAACCUUCUUGUUAUCAGCUUUGGAUUCCUUCUUCUUUUCACUGCCUUCCAGUCUCUUUCCAACUUACAAAGCAGCGUAAAUAGUGUGCAAGGCCUAGGCACUGCGUCCCUUAGCGUAAUUUACGCAGCUUUGGUUGUUUCUUGUAUGUUUGUACCAACAUUUAUAAUUAAGCUUAUAGGCUUAAAGUAUACCUUGAUUGCCUCGAUCCUCAUGUACAGCACUUAUUUUGCAGCGAAUUUCUACGCCCACUGGUAUACUCUUAUACCGACGUCGAUCAUCUUGGGGUUAGGGGGUGCCCCUUUGUGGACGGCAAAAUGUGCCUAUCUGACAGAGACUGCUGGCCAAUAUGCUGCUAUUACAGGUCAAACCGUCGACAACUUGGUGGUUCGAUUCUUUGGCGUGUUUUUCAUGAUCUUUCAGUCUGGUCAAAUCUGGGGAAAUUUGAUCGCCUAUCAUGUUCUCAGCCCUCAAACUGAUUCUGCGAACGCCACAUUGGAACUGGAUCCAACAAUCUACGAAACAUGCGGGGCAAACUUCUGUAACGAAAACAAAGUAGUGUCCAAUAAUACCAACCUUGAGAGACCCCCCGACUCUAAAGUGUACACAUUGUGUGGGAUUUACACUGGAUGUUCAAUUCUUUCUGCUCUGUUUGUAUUUGCAUUUUUAGACCCCCUUCAUAGAGAAGGGGAUGAAGAUAAAAAAGGGAAAGCAAGACCGUCUUUUGGACUUCUAAUUUCAACGUUUCGUCAUUUGAAAAACCCUUAUCAGAUUCUAAUUGUUCCAAUUACAAUAUUCAGCGGUUUAGAGCAAGCUUUUGUCAUCGGAGACUACACUAAGGCCUUCGUCAGCUGUGCUUGGGGAAUCCACAACGUGGGGUACGUAAUGAUUUGUUUCGGAGUGGCUGAUGCCCUAUCGUCGAUAGCUUUGGGCCAACUAAUUAAAUGGUUUGGGAGAAUUGUCAUCUUUACUAUGGGGGCUCUCGUCAAUGUAGCUACCUUAAUAACUAUGUUUUUAUGGAAACCUCUACCCGACAACGUCACGGUGUUCUUUGUUAUUGCUGCCCUCUGGGGAUUGUCAGACGCAGUGUGGCAAACACAAAUUAAUGCUGUAUAUGGAAUCCUGUUUCCUAGCAACGAAGCGGCAGCUUUUGCUAACUAUCGUCUAUGGGAGUCACUAGGUUUCAUCAUUGCCUUCGCAUACGCCCAAUUCUUAUGCAUCAACGUGAAGAUGUACAUUUUACUGAUAGUUUUAGGAAUAGGAUAUUCUGGGUAUCUAGCUAUCGAGAUCCAUCUACGCAUGCGUCUUCGAAGACAGGAACCAUCAGAACCAGCUAACGGUACUUUCGAAACAGGAAUGCCAGAAAAGAUAUCGAACUAGGUUAUACGUCGACCUUAGAGAAAGAAAAAUAAGUUUUAUAACCCCAACCUUCAUUUUAAAUUUUGGGGCAUGUUAACCCUUCUUUUUUCUUUUAGAUUUUGGAUUAUUAUUAACUGAAGCAUCUUAUGUUGACAAUCUUAUGAAACAUGAUAUAUUUUAUUCAAGAGAAGUUGAAUUUUUAAUUAAAAGGUACUAUACGUGAUGACGCUAUGAACUUUAAGACUUGUGUGCCAUGAAUUGAUGUAAUGCAAGACUUAUGGCAGAAGCAAACAACAAAUCUUUUCUUGUAUGAUGUGAUCACAGAAGUUGGUUUUUAAGCGCCUGUUUUUCACUAAAU